AUGGCAACUCAAAAGUUCUUUGUUCUAUGCUUACUCGUGAUCGCUUUAGUUCAUCGGGCCGCGGCCCAAGGCCUGUCGACCAAAUUCUACUACAAGACGUGUCCAAAUGUUGGGGCUAUCGUGAAAAAAACGACCGCAAGAUACAUUUCUCGAGCGCCAUCACUUGCGCCGGCUUUACUUAGGAUGCAUUUCCAUGAUUGUUUUGUUAGGGGUUGUGAUGGAUCCGUACUUAUAAACUCUACGGCCAACAACACGGCCGAGAGGGACUCAUUUCCGAACCUUAGCCUUAGAGGGUUUCAAGUCGUUGAUGCCGCAAAAUCUGCAGUCGAGAAGUAUUGCCCCGGAAAAGUUUCUUGCGCCGAUAUCCUGGCAUUAGUGGCCCGUGACGCAGUUUCACAGAUAAAGGGACCAUUUUGGGAAGUUCCAUUGGGCCGACGAGAUGGAACCGUAUCGAUUGCGAAUGAGGUGCUAGCGAAUCUUCCACCUCCAUUCUUCAAUAUCAGCCAACUCAUUUCCAAUUUCGCGGGCAAGGGUUUAAGCGUCAAGGACCUAGUUGUCCUCUCAGGUGGACACACGAUCGGGGUUUCGCACUGCUCGAGCUUCUCGAUCCGACUGUACAACUUCACUGGAAGGAACGACGCGGACCCGAGCAUGGACCCGAACUACGUGGCGGCACUCAAGAAGCGGUGCUCCCCUACGGACACGACCACCAUAGUACAGAUGGACCCCGGCAGCUUCAUCCACUUCGACACGGACUAUUUCUCGUUAGUGAAGAAGAGAAGGGGGCUUUUCACGACGGAUGCUGAGCUUCUGAAGAACGCCGAGACGAGGGCGUACGUGCAGCAGCACAUGACGUCGUCUGGUGACCCGAGUUUCUUCGCAGAUUUUGCCGAGUCAAUGGUGAAGAUGGGAAAAAUCGGGGUGCUCACGGGGACUGCUGGCCAAAUCAGAAGGGUUUGUUCUGUUGUUAAUUAG